AUGAUGCACAUUCUCCACAAAUUCGAUCUUGAUCUGGAUUACAUAUCAAGAGUGGGUUCGAUUGCCAACAACAAGUCCGUAACAAUUCGAGUGGACCACGUCUCCAGAAACUCAAAACUACAUCCAUCUCAACUUCCAACUUCCAACUUCCAUACUCCCGGACUCGGCGAAACCACAACAGACUUCCAUAUCCGAACCACGGAACCCACUUUGUCCCAACUUCGUCUUCCAAUCUCCAACCUCCACCAUGUUCGUGACACAUCCCCUCCUUCCUCGCCAGCCACGCCCUGUCGCCAAACCGGCCAUUAUACACCGGUGCGACCUUCUCCAUUGGGCCAGCGCAACUCCAACAUCGCCACACCCCCGUGGACAAUGGCCUCCGCGGGUCAAUCAAAGCCUGGCAUGGAUGAGAACCAAUUCUCUCCCGUCCAAUUCCCGAACUUCUCCAUCCACAGCAACCAGUUCCAGCCGCAAACGCAGGUUCAGGAAGGGCAAAAGCAGUCGUCAGCAAACAUCUUCAGCCCGCCUUCAACCUCGCCCUUCCAGCACCAAACUUCUGCUCUCAUGUCUCCUACCUCCCCCUCGCCCUCCAACAGACCCAAGUUCUCCGACCGCUACUCUGCUCAAAUCGCCAACCCAAUGAAGAACACCACAUCACUCGCUCGCUCCAAGACACGCAAAAUGUUCCUGAACCGCGUCAAGAACGAGCGCGACUCGGGCCGCUUCGAGGCACGUGGCGAGCAGAUGAUGAUGGCAGAGCAUAUGGCCGAUAAACGGAAAUGGGAGGAGUCGAUGACCAGGGACGUGGAUUCCAUGACGCAAGGGCUCGAGUUUGAGGAUGAUAAUAUGCUCCCGGAGCAAGAUGCGGACAUGCAAGCUCUGAAUGAAUUCGUCUCCCAGGAAGAGGCAAUGGAGAUGGCGCUUCAGGAAUCUGCGGACUCCCAACCUGGGAUGAAUACCUCUUUCAGUGAUGACGAUUAUGAUGAUAUCUUCAUGACCCUCCCUGACCCGGCUCAGUCGCAGGAUAUGGAUAUGUCGUAA